CCUGUAUAAGAACGCUCGAUAUGUCACCGUUAGCAUGUUGGUCUAUCUUGUGGUGUGUAUCCUUUUCAUACCGUUCAGUCUGGCUUCCACUCACAUGUCUAGGCAAGGCGUUUUUGCUUGUGCGCUCUUGGUGUCUACAUACAGUGUCUUCCUCUGCCACUUUGCCCCAAAAUGCUACAUCAUAGUGUUUAAGAGGGACAUGAACAAUGAGAAUGCCAUAACAGAGUACAUACGUAACCAUUACCAAAAACAGACCAUAACGGUUGUAAGCUCCUAAGAUCCUGUCAGUCUAUAAUGUAAUGUCUACAAGUGCACAUAUAGAAAGAAGAAAAAUUAUUGUUAGAUAGAUGCAAUAGAUUGAUACAAGUUUCAGAUACAAGAUAACACAUUUGGUUACAUACAUACCGGUAUGUGCAUUCAAAUCAAAGACUGAACAGCUUUAAUGAAAACUUUUAGGCCUAUUUCUAUCGUAAGGUUGUUGAAAUACUGUGUAAUAAUGGAGAUGCCAAAAUGCUUGCAGAUUUCCUCAAAUUUCUUUCCCUUUUUUUGUAAUCUGUCUUUUUGGAAAUGAUUGCAUGAAUUUGUGAAUAUUAUAACAGUCUGACUAUGAUUCACUUUCAUCUCUUACAUUCCUCAUUGGUUGACCCCUGCUCUUGCUGAGGACCUUCGUGUGGCUUAGGCAGCUUUGUCAGGUUAACAGAUUUAUUACCACAAGGUGACGCUGCUCACAUAGAACAUCAAUUACAAAUGAUACAGUAAUGAUGAUAGUCAUUGGGAUAAUGGUGAUUAUAAUUAACUGUUAUUCACUGGCUGAUAACAUCCAUACAUAUAAUGGUUUGAAGUAAUCUUAUUUAACCUUUUUUAUUUAUUCAUUUAUUUUUUUAAAUAAAACAUAAUUUGACCUGCUGCACUCAGGCAAGAAAAAGUUGCACCGUGUAUUGUAUUUCGACCCGGACCUUACCUAACGUCAAUUCUCACCUUUACCUCUGAUAUAGUCUUUUCAAGCUCAUGUUGUUACAUCUAAAAACGAAAACAGGAAUAACAGGAACCAGAAAACAAACAACAACCGCAAAUGCUGGACAAACAGACAUUUUCAUAGCCCACUGUACUACUGACUAUUUUAUAUUGACUAGAUAUAAGUCGUAAUUUGUUAUUUGGCCUGCAGCUGGCCAUAUAGGCUAACGAGGUUUUGGGAAAUACGUCUGAGAUAGAUAAAUGGUCAUGUAAGAGAUUGUAUUCUCCCAGUCCUAUUGAAACAGCUGUUAUUGGUCGUCCUGGUUUUGAUAAACAAAAUGGUAUUUGAUUUCCUUAAUAAAAUAGUUCUGAAGUUGCUGAGGAUCUUUGUUCAUUUUAUCGUAUCUUUGCUCGGUCGCGAGGGGGCGCCGAUACCAUUCAGUGCAACAGGCAAUUUACUGACUCAGUGUCAGUCAGAUCCAUGAUAUUAACAUUAUCUAUAGAGCAAAGGGGAGUUUCCAAAGUCAUCAAACCCUUCCAACUUUCCCAUUUCGGCCAGAGACCACUGAAAAUGAAUCCUAUGAAGGCUGCCGCUCUUUCUCUUUGUGUUUCCUUCCUCUUUGCGAAUGGUCUUCAUGCAGCGGUCCUUGGGUCACUGAAGUACCCUUUCGCUGCGGAUGACCACGGGCUUGUUUCGCAUCUGGAUGUGCAGAAUCGAGGACAAUCGAGUGCGAUCCCCAGGAGUGAAACUCCGCGGAAUGGUACUGCAGUUCACAUACCGUCGUAUAUGAUAUCACUGUACAGGACUCUGUCUCAGCUGGAGAGGAGAGGUAAUAACAGCGUCUCCCGUUCAACGAGGCACGCUAACACAGUCACCAGCUUCAUGGACAUUGGAAAAGACUACCCCCUGACUGAGACCAGGCAGCGUUAUGUCUUCGACCUGUCGAGUCUCUCCAGAGCAGACGAACUGGUGGAGGCCGAGCUGCGCAUCUUGCGGAAGACGCCGCCGGACUUGCUGCACGAGUUGUCCCAGGGUGGCAGCCUGUACCGGGUGCUCCUCUACCCCUGCUCGAGUGACGAAAGCAACCCAGUGGGCCGGCGGCAACCGAUCGGCUCGCAAACCAUUGACAUUCUGGACUCUGGCACAGGGACGCAGUGGGAUGUCUUUGACGUCAGCACUAGUCUCAAGAUGCAGCGGAAGCUACGUUGGAGCACAGGUGGCGGCGGUGCAGUCAGCCCACUGUGCUUCGAUGUGGUCGUGGUUUCGGACGCAACAGACGAGGCCACUGCUCCCUGGGCCCUGGGGUACGGGCGGCAGGCGCUGGAACCUCAGGAGAGGGCCCUGCUGGUGGCCUUCACUCGGACCCGGCGUAAGGAGAACCUGUUCAGGGAGAUCCGUGAGAAGAUGAGGGUCAUGGCCGGAUCCAGCCUGCUCACGGAGCUGCCCUUCGACCCCGGAAUGGAGGGCCGUCGACUCCGGCGACGCAGACGCCGUAGGACUGCCCUCACUGGCCGUCCAGGAGGGACUGGAGGAGGAGGGGGUGGGGUUGGAGGGAUAGGAGGAGGCAGCGGUGGCGGGGGCCGCCGGCGUACGCGCUGCAGCCGCAAGGCGCUGCACGUGAACUUCAAGCAGCUGGGCUGGGACGACUGGAUCAUCGCCCCGCUGGACUACGAGGCGUACCACUGCGAGGGCGUGUGCGACUUCCCGCUGCGCUCGCACCUGGAGCCCACCAACCACGCCAUCAUCCAGACGCUCAUGAACUCCAUGGACCCCGAGGCCACGCCGCCCAGCUGCUGCGUGCCCUCCAAGCUCAGCCCCAUCAGCAUCCUCUACAUCGACUCGGGGAACAACGUGGUUUACAAACAGUACGAGGACAUGGUGGUGGAGAGCUGUGGCUGCAGGUAGCGCUGAGGGUCACGGGCUGGGACAAGGGGACGCCAGCCCUGGACUCGGACUGUCCCUGUCUUGUCCUUCACCCCUCCCUCUCUCUAUCUCUCUGUCCUCUUCCUUACACUUUUUACACAUGGCAUGCUUAUGCUGUGGGGAUGGAGCAUGGUGUAUGGAUCCGUGUGUGUGUAUGUG